AUGACUUACCGCCGUGUCCACGAGGUUCUUGUCGCUCUCUUCAAACAUCCCUCCUGGCAGGGCGGUCUGCUGGUGGCCGAUUUGAGGAGGAAAAAAAGUCUAUUAGGCGUUGGACACAUGCCCUCGGCCCUUCAGAUAGUAAUCCAAGAAGUUCUUUCCAGUAAGGUUACCCCUUUCUCUAACUUUUCAAUCCAAUCCCAAUACAAAAUGGUAGUUCCAGUUGACGCUACAUAUCCUGCACCCGGUAAAGGUUUCGACCCCCACAAGAAAAACACUGCCCUUCAGAGCCACGUCGCUUUCUUUGACCGAGAUGGGGAUGGGGUCAUUUGGCCGCUUGAUACAUUUUUAGGUUUUCGUGCACUCAAGUUCAGCAUUUUUUUCUGCAUACUAGCCACAAUCUUCGUCCAUGGCGGCUUGUCGUACGUCCUUUGGGACGGGGUUGUGCCCGACCCUUUCUUCCGUCUCAGCAUCAAGUGGGCCCACAGAGGGAAACAUGGCUCAGACAGUGGGGCGUACACCACUGUUGGCGAGUUUGACGAGGACCGGUUCAACAAAAUCUUUGAUAUGUAUUCGGCUCCUCCGCAUAAGGAAAUGACUUUCAUGGAAGGAGUACGAAUGUUACAUGGAAAUAUGAACCCUUAUGAUUUCUUCGGAUGGGUUGCGUCGGCAUUCGAGUGGUUGGCAACUUACCUCUUGAUAGCCCCGCCCGACGGAAAGAUGAGGAGGGACGAUGUUAAGGCUGUGUACAAUGGCUCAAUCUUCUAUCACAUUUCUGGAAGAGAAGCACCUCGUCAGUAA